AUGGAGGCGGGUUCGGAUAUGACGAAGGAGGCUGGGAGAAAGAGGGAAACCCACAGCGGGACCGAGAUGGCCGGGGGGAGUAGGAGAACCUCGAGGAAGAUCACAAAGAAGACGGAGUAUCCAUCGGUGCUGGAUGUGAUGGAUGCCGCGAUGAAUCAGGUACUAAAGGAGCAAAUGGAGUGGCUGGUGGCGAGGUGGAACGCCGAGAACCCCGACGCGACGCCACUCGUGGUGGAAGCGCUCACGGAGGAGCAGCGAGAGUCGCUGGAGCGAGAGCAUUUGGCCAGGGAGGUGUUGAUUGGUCAGGCGUACGUGGAUAAGAUGGCGGCCGAAGACAUGGCUAGACUGAAGAUGGAGGAAAGUAAUCCGAAAAAGGAUCCCGACGAGCUGUAUUACCAGGAGUACCGAGAGAACUGGGAGUGGAAAUAUGCUGAAGAGUUCGGCUCCUUCGAGGCCACGACUCGGAUCCCCGCCAUGUGUUUCACGGACAAGCCGACGAAGCCUGGUGUUACUAAACCCAGGCGUAGUAUGCAGAUCUUUUCAGUUAAAGUUGAGGAAAUAUAUGGGGAUUUACGUUGGCCGUUGGAUGUGUUUGGCAUCGUUGCUGUGAGGGAUGACCUGGAUCACCAUCGCAAUAUUAUCUUUGAGCGCAAAAGGGAUAACUGUCAAACUCUCAACGAGGAGGAUCCAUAUUUAGUAUUAACAGGUCCUGCCCGUGCUCCUCUGACUCUUUUUGGGCCUAUGCAUUUCGAUAUCACGCUGAAAGUGAAAUGCAGCAAUGAGUUAGAGGACAAAGAUCUAAGCCUGCUAGGCUUUCGCUACGAGUGCUGCGAAUCGAUCAAUUAUCAAGCCAGUAAGGGAGAGCCUACCGUCAGUUCAUGCGUGAGCAGCCAAAAACAUAGAAGCAAGCUGAGCACAUUGGAGCUGACUUGUGGUAUUGUAGUCUCAUCCAUUGAGGCCACAAUCAGUGUGCGUAUUGUCGACGGGUCAUGGCCAGAUGGAUUCAGCGGGCGGUUCUUUGCCUCGACUGCUAGCGUCAGUCACAUGAGGGUGUUACUGCUCAAUAUUGGAGAUGAGGAUACGCCUGUUGUUGCCACUGAUGGCACCAUUGAGCUGUCACGACGCGUGGUUUCUGUUGAAAGCUUUGGGGAGCUGAGAGUGAAUGCAGCAGGUUGGCUAGGCAGCCAGCAGAUUGACCGUGAGGUGUUCUUUCAACCAUUGAAAUCGGGUAGAAGCUCUCGUUCGCUGAAGGUUGGCUCGUGUGAAAUGGAAGUUACCGUUGCCUGGUCCCUUUUUCCGUUAUGUUAUCCCAAUAUUUCUUCACCCAAGAAUGGGUGA